UUUACCUCCGCGGUAGUUGACGUAUAUGGUGUUGGGGUUAGAAACAUUGUACAAGAUACAGUUCACGACGUCGCUCCAGAAGGAAUCUGAGAUUUUCAGGAUCACGUUGGGUAAUUUUAUCCGUAGAAGAGACUGUGAUAAUCGACCAUGUCGAAGGUGCUGGACGAGGAGUUGAAGCAAGCCUUCUCCAAGCUGCACGAGAAGAUGGUGGACACUAAGCAGAAGCUAAAAUUGGCCGAUAUACAGAUCGAGAAGCUGCGGCGCACCAAGCAGCGGGCGGAGCUCACUACAAAGGAGAUCAGCAGCUUGCCCGACGAAACGAGGAUGUACGAGUCUGUCGGCCGCAUGUUCCUCUUAGAUAAAAUGAACAACGUCAAGGAUGGCUUGGACAGUAGGAUAAAAACGUCGGACGAGAAGAUCAAGACGCUAGAGAAUAACAAGACGUACCUACAGCGGAGCUUGAAGGAGAGCGAGAAUGAGAUCAGGGAAAUGAUCCAGCAAAAACAGAGCAAGGAGACCUCGGGUUAAGGGCUUGCACGUUCCACGUACGCGAACGCUAUCUCGAUCAUCGAUAUUCGUUUCUCAUCAGCAUCCUUCGAACCUUUUUGGGAUCACGGCCUGGGAUAUGUGUCUGUAAAUAUGCAGCGCUGCGGAAGAAAAUCCGCUGCCUCGCGCCUCGCACGUUCAUACAUUUUUGUAAUUGUGACACUUUUUGUUGUAUACUCUGCACGGAAUAAAGUAACGUCAGUGAACUCGAUAGCUUGCGAGAGUCAAAUCAAUUCGACUAUUUAAUUGUGCACAAAAUCGUUUGUAAGAGAGACGUGUGCGAAACUUAUGUAAACGACAAUGAUUAUAAUAAACAUUUUGAUCUUGUAGUUGGAAAA